AUGGAGCUGUGGAAGCAACUGAGGCAAGCUGGACUGGUGCCUCCCGGACUGGGUCCACCCCCCUGGGCCCUGAGGGGGGACUACCCAGUAGAGCGCCCUGGCCAGACCCUCAUGGCCCCAGGGGCGGACACUGGAGGUGCCUGGGAGAGUCUGCUGUGGAUCUGGGAGGAGCUGGGGAACCUGCGCCGAGUGGAUAGCCAGCUGCUGGGCCAGCUGUGCAGCCUGGGGCUAGAGAUGGGGGCUCUGCGGGAGGAAUUGGCCACCAUCCUGGAAGAGGAGGAGGAGAGCAGUGAGGAAGAGAAGCCAGGCGACGAAGAGCCCCCGCGGAAGCUGCGGGAGGAGCACCUGCCUGCCGCCCGUCCAGCCUGGCGCCUCCCUGACUUUGAGAUGACCAUCUGA